UGGGAUUUAGGAAGGUAAGUGCAAGAGUGAAGGUGGAGUGACUGUGUGUAGGUGUGAAGGAGAGUGAUAGGGGUUCAGGUGGUUGUGCUUGUGGUGGCAUGAGUGUGGGGAAUGCAGGUGCAGGUUCCGUACUGUGAGAUGGGGGUGAGGAAUGAGCCUAUGUCGGUGACGGUUGAGGUAGAGUAUGCCUCUGUAGGGGAUAUUCAUGCUUUGGGUAAUUUUUGGGUAAUUUUUAGACUUUUUGGUCGGGAGUUAUCAGAUUGAAGUAACAAUAUUUUUGCUCCUAUACCCAAUCCAUGUGAUAAAAAUAACUGACCAAUGGGAAAUUGGAUUUCAGACUCAGAUCUCAUCAUCUCCAUACUCAUCAAAUGUUUUGCUUAAUAGGCUUUAUCAACCUCCGAACAACCAAUUAGUGGUUAUUGCUGAAGACUCAAUUGUUUAUCUGAACUCAACUGAUGGGUCUGUUAUGAAUGCCAAAAACCUGGGUAUACCUGGGAUAACUAUCAUGGCAAUUGGAGAACAGGGAGAUCCAGCAGAUACCGAUAAUACAGUUUUCAUAAUUGGCAAGCAAAGCUCACAAUUCAGGAUAAUCUCAUACGAUAUCACAACGGAUGCUUCUUUUGGAAAGGUUUACACCAGCUCUCUAGCGUAUCCAUAUUUUGGAUUCAUGAUUAAAAAGUUUUACAAGAACUCUGUAAGGAAUGCAAUCUUUGUUACUCCAAAAGCUAUCAAGUUGUACUCUGUAACCGGAAACGACCUUGGAGCUCUUCAUCAAUACGACUUCGGAACUAGCAAUUAUAUCAGACAUCCUAAAAUUCUCUCUGGUGACAAUUACACAUACAUAGUUGCAAUUGAGUGCACUAAUAGUAACACAAUCUCUUACCUAGAUCUUGACUCUUCUGGAAACAUUUCAGUCUUCAGAAAAUUUGCUCACCAUGUUGUGGAGAUAUAUUCUGCAAUGUAUAAUGACCUGGACCAAGCAAUUGAAAUUUAUACAAUUUCUGGAGCAACAGUUAGCUUGGUUUCUAUCUUUCCAAGCAAUCAAACUGCUAAGGUACUCACAGAACUUAACUCUGUCAAGAAUAUCUUCUAUUACUUCGAAGGUUAUUACAAAAUGAUCAUCCAUUCAUCUACUGAUUUGAAGCAGACAAGAGUAAUCAAAGAUAGAUUGAAGGCUGAUUACAAGGAAUACGAAUGAGUACUUCACAACCUCGCAUCACCUUCCGUCCCAACACCAGAGGACAGAUCAACCGGGACAUUCGCACCUCAUGUUUUUUCAACCACUGUAGGAACUUUCUCUGACCUAACAGUCACUCCAACAGGAGGCGUAGCUCUAAUAAGCCCUAUAAGCUCAUGCACAUCUUACUUAUCAACUCCUUUAAAUAGAGCUAGUCAAUAUUCCAUGAGUUAUAGUGUGCAGAGCCCUCUCAACGUUAAAAUUCCUAAUCUGUUCUGUAUCCAAGUCGGCUAUUCUUUAGCAUCUAUGAAUCUGGCCAUUAUUUAUCAGAAUGGAUCCAAUGUGGAUUGGAUUAGCUUCAACACCACUGAUGGAUCGUUAACUGGGACUGCUCCACAGAAUGAAGCCAAUUAUACAUUUACAGUGACUGCGUUCAUGGUGACUGGCUCUUUGGAAUAUACAGUGUCUCUUGAAAUUGAGUCAUGAGCUGACUCAAAUUGAGAAAAAUGAAAUCCAACUGAUUCUUGUAUAAAAUGAAAAGAUAAUUAUGAACUAACUUCAGAACAUAAAUGCACUCUGACUUCAGCCACUCUUUCAUCGAGCGCAUCAUCAAUCUUGGGUGCAACCUCUGUUGGAGUUACCAUUGGAGUAGUGGGUGGCGCAGUAUUGUUAUCUCAAUUGAACCCAAGAUCAUCUUUUCAAGGACUGUUCACUGUCUCUGAGUACUUUCAGUUGCUUCUUACUCUAUUACUUCUAGAUUUUCAACUCCCUGAAGUUGUGUACGAGUUGGUAGACACAUUUGGAGCUUUCAAACUGGACUUGAGCUUCAUUAGAAACAUUUAUAGUUCAAAAUCAGUCUUUAAUCCUUCAAAAGUUGCUAGGUCCAAUGAAAGAUAUUCUAAAAUCGGAAUAGAUUAUGAAAGCACUGGAAUCAAUUAUUCAAUAGUCAUUGGAGUUAUGGUAAUCUUCAUAAUCUGUAAUUUAAUUCUACUUCUGGCAUGUGGAAGAACUCAGUGUAAAACUCAAUGAAAUUCCACAUCAGGGAAAAGAGGCUCUCUGAGUUCUAUAAAGUUAAAUGUAAGGAUAAGUUUUGCCUAUACAUUUAUCAGCUAUUCUUUUAUAAUUUCUAUGUAAGC